CAAUUAUUAGUAAACAUUGAACGCACCAUUACGACAGCUAGCUUUUGAGACGCUGAGGCGUCGGCAUCUUGUUAGCAAAACAUUCACAGUUUGUACGGGAUAAUUACUCUGCUACCAUUAUUAUUGCCGGAAGCACGAACGAAUCUCGUUAUUUUAAGAAAACCCAUAAAAUUAACGGUGAAAAGAUUGGUUUUCCCGCUUUUUUUGGACGAUACUGCAAUAGGAGCUAAUGUAGCUGCAAUGUAGCUGUAAUGUAGCUGCUGAAGCUAGCAACUGAAUCAGAAUGAUCACCUUCUUUCUCAUGGUCAAUCGGCAAGGCCAAACCCGACUCAGCAGGUACUACCAACCCGUUAAAAUGAGCCGCAGGGCGGCGCUAGAAGCUGACGUGGUCCGGGAAUGUCUGAGCCGCCACAAAGACCAGUGUUCCUUCGUGGAGUACAAAGACUUGAAGGUGGUCUUCCGCCAGUACGCCGCCCUCUACAUUGCUGUGGGCGUCACCGACGACGAGAAUGAAUUGUCAAUUUACGAGCUGGUGCAGAACUUUGUGGAAGUUCUGGACAAAUACUUCAGCCGUGUGAGCGAAUUGGAUAUCAUGUUCAACGUGGAUCGGGUGCACAUCAUCCUAGACGAGAUGAUCCAGAACGGGCGCAUUGUGGAGACCAACAAGAGCAACAUCCUUGCGCCACUUGUCGCCCUUGACAAGAUGUCUGACGGCUAAAAAAAAAAAAAAAAAAAAAAUUAAAGACAGACAUUUUUGGGAGAAAAAUGAAACAAUUGUUGUUCCUCAGGUCAAGAUGCACCCACCCACCAAUGAGUUUAUCACGAGUAGACGUCCAAUCCAUUUGAAGUAGGAGGAUGCCACCGAAUGAACGUCCUGUCUAUUGCCGUCAAUGGCAUACAAUGAGUUAAGCGGUGUCUGACCAAGCCAUGAUAGCAAUGACUUUUCAGUCGAGUAUGCAGUAAAUUUAUCUUUAAAAAUUUAAAACAUUGUAUCUGUACAUGUAUCUGUGCAAUACUAAGGCUGGGUUCAGACUGCCGGUAUAUCUGAUUCCAAUAGGAUUCCUCCUCAAAUCUAAUUUUUAGGGCUGACUGUUCAAUUAUUUUCAGCAAGUACCCAUUUAAGAUCUGGGCGUGUUCAGACUGGGCCAAAUCCUAUAUGUGCUGUUCAGAUUGAGAAGAAUCUUAUUAAUAUCUGAUAUAUAAACGACCUCCUGUAUGUGGUUUCAGUCUUUCAAAAAUCAGGUUUCAGUGCUUUGUGACUGUUCAGUCUACAAAAGACCGUGUAAAGUGCUUUGAGAACCUUAAAAAGGUGGAAAGGCGCUAUACAAGUGUAACAUCAUUUAACAAAAGAGCUGUCGAGUUUUAAUCUGAAUGGGCUAAAAAUUAGAUUUUGGCUUAAUUGACAAUACAAAGACACUAUUUAAAAAAAAAAAAACAAUUCUAAGAAUCAAUAAAAUGAAAAUGUGUUUUUUGUUUUAGAUUUGUCGUUGUCACCAGCUCUCACAAGAUGACAACAGAUGCAAUGAAACUGUUCAAUGAGUGAGCAUUGGGCCAGACUUUGUUCCGCGCUGCCACUUCUCUCCUUCAGAAAUUACAGCAAGUUACAAGUAGACACACAUAUCAUACGACAACAUAGCAGGGGUAUGACACAACGUACAGUUCACGUGCUGGGAUUUUUACCAGUCAUGGCUGGAGGAAGGGGGGUGGGGGAUCAGU